AUGUUUUCAGACUCCCCAAACGCACGUUCAAAAUCCAUAACCACAGCAGAUCUCGAGACAUAUGGUGUCCUAAAUCGUCAUUCUGCGAACCAUCCAACUUUCCAGGUCGGUGUCUCCGAAGACAAGGGGACAAGGCGGACCAUGGAAGACGCACACUCCUUUGUGGUCGACUUUGAUUCAAUACGAGGGCAAGGCUUUUUCGCAGUGUUCGACGGCCAUGCAGGAAAACAUGCAGCUGAAUGGUGUGGAAACCAUUUCCAUGAGUACCUCCUGUCAGCAAUACACGGCUCCCCGCAAAUGACUGUACCCGAUAUCCUGAACCAGACCUUCCAAGCAGUUGAUGAUGCCCUUUCCAAGAUGUGUGCCGAGUCCGACGGCAAGAUUCACUCGGGAUGCACAGCUGUUACUGCGUUCUUGCGGAUUGAGGAUGAAGAUGGCCAACAAUCCUUUGUCGUCCCAGUCGAAUCGUCAUCGUCUUCGAAUGAAUCUCCCGUCUCCUCCCUGGACGAUAUUGCCCCACCUACCCCUAGUGGCACGCAAAGUUCUGCCGCGCUCGACUCUGGCGAUGAAUCGAAAGAGAUAAAGACAGAUAAGAAGACGAAGAAGAAGUCGGCUUCGCUUAGUGGGAAGCGCAUUCGCAAGGCACUCCGCAGUUUAGGAGGAUCCAAGGCUCCAACUCCCCGGUCCACCUCCCCUGUAGAUGCCCGCGACUUUACCAACACUGGAAUCACAGUCACCAUUCCCCCUGAUUCUCAUCGACGCGUCCUUUACAGUGCCAAUGCUGGAGAUGCUCGUGGUGUUCUGUGCCGUGCAGGGAAGGCAAUACGAUUGACUUACGACCACAAGGGCUCUGAUAAGCAAGAAGCCAAGCGUAUCACGGAUGCCGGUGGAUUCGUGAUGAGCGGCCGCGUUAAUGGUGUUCUCGCAGUGACCAGGAGUUUGGGCGACGCUUCGAUGAAGGAGUUUGUUGUUGGAGCACCCUAUACCACUGAAACGGAGCUUUGCGAAGAAGACGAAUUCUUGAUUUUAGCUUGCGAUGGUCUGUGGGACAUCACCAACGACCAGGCUGCCGUCGAGCUUGUCCGCGAUAUCGAAGAUGCACAGGUUGCUAGCGAGACCUUACUCAAGCAUGCUCUUUCUCAACACACGACUGACAACGUGACGGUUAUCGUUGUUCGCUUCAAACACGGACAACCCAAGACUGCUUAA